UGCGCCGUGGUCGUAUAAGUGGGUCAGGACUGUAACCAUGACUACGCGCAGUACUCCACUCCACUCGACUUUGCGCGUCCCUGCUGCAUCGUGCGCGCUGCCGCCGAUACUCCUCUCCCUACCCAAGGCUUAUCGUUGGAAUAAACUACAGUGCUCCGUCUGUAACGGGAAAGAAAGAGUCCAGUGGAGGGAAAUGAACUUCUCCAAAGAAAAUCGUGCAAAAGCCUUUUUGUAAUCACGCCCAAAUUUCACCAGUGAUUUCCCCCAACUCGUAGGUGUUCCAACAACCAGAUUGUCCAGUUUUACCUGAGGACAGUAUGUUUAACGGAGAAGUGACAAGCACUACAUCAUCAUCGUCAUCAUCUCGCAAUGUGGUGCGAAGUUCAAGUAUCAGUGGGGAGAUGUACAAUAUAGAGAAGAACAACGGAGGACCACCUGAUGCAGCUGGGAUGUCCACGAAUAAAAAGAGACGUUCUAGUCUUGGUGCCAAGAUGGUAGCCAUCGUUGGGUUGUCCCAAUGGAGUAGGAGCACACUGCAACUUAACCAGCCGGAUGGAAGCACAAAGAAGCUGCGAAGCAACAUCCGUAGAAGUACCGAGACCGGCAUCGCUGUGGAAAUGAGGAACCGAGUUACACGGCAGGGAAGCAAAGAGUCAACAGAUGGCAGCACUAACAGCAACAGCUCUGAUGGCACGUUCAUAUUUCCAAUGACUCGGCUCGGGGCAGAGAGCCAAUUCAGUGACUUCCUCGAUGGCCUGGGGCCUGCCCAGAUAGUUGGCCGGCAGACUUUAGCCACACCACCAAUGGGUGAUGUUCACAUCGGGAUGGUGGACAGGAAUGGUCAACUGGAGGUAGAGGUCAUUCAGGCCCGAGGACUCACUCCUAAGCCUGGCUCCAAAUCAAUUCCAGCCGCUUAUGUGAAAGUGUAUGUGCUGGAGAAUGGAAGCUGCCUGGCAAAGAAGAAAACCAAAAUUUCCAAAAAGACACUGGAUCCUGCCUACCAGCAGGCAUUGCUCUUUGAUGAGAAUCCUCAAGGAAAAGUGCUUCAGGUCAUUGUGUGGGGUGAUUAUGGCAGAAUGGAUCACAAGUGUUUCAUGGGAAUGGCUCAGAUCCUUCUAGAUGAGCUGGACCUGUCCACUAUGGUGACAGGCUGGUACAAGCUGUUUCCAACUUCCUCUCUGGCUGACUCUACUAUCGGUCCCCUGACCCGCCGUCUCUCCCAGUCAUCCCUGGAGAGUUCAACCAGCCCCUCCUGCACCUAGUGAUGUCUCUAGCUGCCCCACUGCAUACAUCAGGGGCAGGCGCUCUGAAGUCAGCGCCUCCUAGUAGCUGCUCUGAUUGACUGUGAUUUGGCACAUUUCCUUGAAGCAUAUGUGUGCGAGUGUAAAAAAAGAAAAAAACAAAAAAAAACAAAACACACCAUACACAAGGAGGGUAUCUGCACACAUACCUGAGCACCCUAACACAUAGAUCGUGUUUUGUAUAUGCUGUAUAUAGGCAAGCGCAUAUACAGUGUAUAAUGUAAAUGCAUGCACUUGCACCAAAUGCAGAAGAGACAGCCUGGGAUGGUUUAUGUUGAAUCCAUGAUAACAAGGCAGCAGCAUCUCUUCAUACUCGGAAUGCCACAGCAUGGAACUUCAGAAGGCAAAGGCACAGAUAAGAAAUACUCAUCCCAGUUCUGCUCCCUGCUGCCUUGGAAGAAAUGUUCACUUAUCAGAACUCAAGAGCAGUAAAAAAAUAAGAAACUAGAGGCCAGAGGAUGGGCUCUUCCUCCAUCUCAUCAACUAAGAAAAAAUGAUUAUAUUAGGAAAGUGACAAAGUUCACACAGUGUAUUGACUUCUCCAGUGCUGCUGGUCAUUUCCAGCUAAUCUAACAAAUGUAGCAUCUGUGCCCAGCUCACCCACACCAAUGGCACACUCCCAGUUGCCCCACUACUUCAUCCUUGUGCAGACCUUCUCUGGCUUUUCUAAAUGCCAAACCUGAGCAACUAAAAACAAAAAUGUACAAACCAAAGCAAUUCAUUUUAAUAGAAAAUAUGUAGCAAUGUCUGUGACCACCGUGUCAAUGACAACAAGGGAAUGCAAAAAAUAAAAAUAAUAAAACUGAACGACAUCAAGGGGAAACCUAAAUUAAAGGCCAUGUUCAAUAUUUAAUCAUUUAAGAACUUCAGAAAAAUUUAGCUUCUUUACUAAUCUUGUACAAACCUUCUUAAUAAUUGGAAGAUUUCAGCCUUGACUCAGAAGAUCCAGUAACACAUCUGCUUGUAAAGAUGUUUCAAAGGCUGGAUAUUGACAAAUCAAGACUGUCUCAAGUAGGUCUAGAGCCUAGGCCCACCCACAGCAGAGUGCAUCAGGUCCCUCCUCAGUCAGGAGCGGACUGGCCCCUUCACCUGGGCCCAGCAGACACAGACAGAGAGAGAGGCAGAAACAGAAAAAGGAAGACGCCGACGGGCAUACACACAGAGAGUCACAUGGUCUCAAACGAGCAAGCCUGCACGCGGCCCGAGGGGAUGCUGUGCACCUUCCCAGGGCGACCCUUGUCCUGAGCACUAUGCAGUCUGGGGCAUGACAAGCUGACAUGGAAAAGAAAAUGCUUUCAGUGAACCUCUCACCAGCCGUUCUCUUGAAAAGUCGCAGCCCCUUGUAGCACAGAAGAGCACGCCCUGUGUGCUUUUAAUCAAUUCUAAAACACCUCAUGAAUACUUAUAGAGGUGCCAAACAUCCAGAAAACAGCAAUGCACACAAAGUGUCAUUUCAUUGGCUUUGUUUUAUCUUCUGUAGACUAUUCAAUGUUCUUGUGCCUGAUCAGAUAUAAAUGUUUCACUUGGAGAAACAUCACAUCUGUGCAGUCAUUCCAUGCUUUAUGCAGAGAAGAAUAGGAGCAAGUGUAAAACUUGGCUGUAGGAUGUCUUCUUUUGCCUAUUCAAUGGUCUCUUCACGUUCCAAAUGCAUCCAUGACUUCAGCUUAUUGAAAUUGUUAAUGACGAAAUCUGUUAAAUUUAGCUUAUCUGGAAAAACAGUAGCACCAGCUCUUCAACAACGGAAGGGUCCAACAGACACUGGAAAGCCUAUUUGAAAUUCUGGGUUUUUGUUGUGUGUGUUUUUGGUUCAAUUCAGUUUGCAGGAAAAAAAAAAAAGCUAUUACUUCAACACCAGCCAGUGAAAUUUAUCAUAUAAAGGUCCACCAGUGUUCUAAGUCACCAGGGCAAAAAAGCCUACCAUAUCCACUAAUUGAACGUGGCAUCCCUAUUCCAACUGAGAAGCAUCAAGAGCAGGAAUUGCCUGAUCGUCAUUCAUGUUGGUGACCAACAAAAAAAAAAAAAAUAGAGAUAACUGCGUUUCACCACCUGUGUCUCCAUGUGCACAGAAAUCAAACGGGACAUUUUGACUCAGCAGUGUACUCUUUAUCUCUUUAUGCAUGAAUCUUUUCAAUAUGAAUAGUAGAUAUUGAUUGGUUCUAAUAUUUGUUUCAACUGCCGGGUCAGGUUUGUAACUUUUUUUUUCUUUUUUGCGUAGUUUGCCUAUUUUGGAAACUUUUUUCAAUUGAAGAAUUGUUAUUUUUUGGUUUGCGUUAUCUGUAAAUAGGCAAGAGGGUACAUUAUAGGUAGCAACUCUGGUCACGCAGUCCAAUGAAAGAGCUGCUGUCAUUGAAAUUCUGAAGAUUUUACACACUUUAGCAUUGAUAAAUCUCAUGCUUUUAUGAGUUCAUGUAGUAUUAACUCCUAAAAAGCAUUCCCAGCACUCUGAGGACAAUGUGGCUAAACUGAUGACCAGUCUCAGGAUGUGUGAAACUGCAAUGUCUGAUUAACAAGUCAAGAAUGCCCUCUACUGGCAGGCUUUUUGGUUUUACCUUUUUGGAAACAGCCUUCUCUGCCCAUAGAGGUCAUUUUACACAGAGAUUUACUGUCACUCAUGUUGCUAAUUUUUGGGAGCAUGGAGAUGACGGUUAGACAUAUCUCCUACAGCAAUUGUUAGGAAAUAGGACUUUUAGAACUUCACCUAACAGAAAAUGUAGAAAUUAAACUUGUGACCAACAGUGUAGGGAGUGAGGCAAAAAGGUUCUCAGAUCACCCAUAGCACGUGGAACAAGGGUUUAUCCGCAAAUGAGCAACACAGUAAGCCCUAGUGACAUCUGUAAGGGUGCAUCAGACAUUCAGGUCGACGGAGUGUUUGUGUAAUGGACUCCUCAUUGUUUUAGUGUACCAGUGUACGGGGGAGUUCUUUUUAAGAGUAAAAUUUGCACUCGUCUAAGGUGGAUGGUGUGGGUUGCAUUUAAGACUAUUUGAUUUAAGAUUUCCAGUUAAUGGAAACAUUAUUUUCUAGUAAUGAGGAGAUGCCUUAGUGAAGCAUUCAACUCAUGUAUGUGUGUGGCUAAAUCAGAAGCAUAUUUAUUGAGAUGUACUCAUAUCCAAAAAACUGUUUAACUGUUAGAUGUUUUGCAUUAUUUCAUACUUUUCACUAUGAAUGUUGCUAGAUUUUUCCACCAAAAAUCUAAUGUUAGAUAUAAAGGAUCUUCUAUCUGUAAUAACUACAAGUAGGCAUUUCCAGACGUUAUUAAUUAAUCAUCGCAUUGUGGAGGAUUUUUGCAAAUAUCCUCCUUGCAGAACCAUUUCUACAAUUUGUGAGUUUCAGAGCAUGAAAUACUUAUUUCAGGCCAUGCCCAAAUAAUUCUGUAAGGUUUACUUGAACUUGGAAUUCAUCAUUGCUCAAGAACAUUUUCUUCAACCAUUCUGACAUACUUCUAUAGUAGUAUGUUUCAUUUUGUUGAUUUAUUUUAUUGCUUUAGUUCACAGCCAGAUGGCCUGAUAUUCUUCUGUAGAAUUCUCUGAUACAAAACCAAUUCAUUGUUUGUUCAGGUAUUGCUGCAACAGUAGAUAUCCAAACCAUCACUCUACCACUACCAUGCUUAGUGGUCAAACAGUUCCUCUUAGACUCCUCUGCCCACAAAGCAAUAUUCCAGAUAGUUUGAGGACCAUCUUUUUGCAUUUUGGCAAACUUAAGAAAAGCACUCAGAUUCUUUGUUGCAUCAUUAAAUGUGGGAAGGUCACAUCUGGGCAAACUGAACACCCUAGAUUUGCUCAGUUUAUUCCAUAUGGCUCUGACUUUGGUUCAAGGGAGCCGGAGAAAGUUGGAAAUGGAUAGUAACUUUUUCCAGCCUGAUGGAUAUCAAGCUAAUUUUCUGGAGAUUUUCAGGAUUUUUUUUUAUUAUAACAUGACACACCUCUAGGACAUCACAAUGUAAUGAGAUAAGGGCAAAAAUUAGGUGAGCAACCCAGGUCUUCAUCAGGCCUGAGUUAUACUGAAGUGUUUAAAGUGCUGGCCUUGUCAUUUAGAUUAGUCAGAGUUCAUUCAAUUCCUCUUGUACCACUGGUGUUCUUGUUAAUGAUUACCCUGCCCUUGAAAAAAAGAAAUAAAUAUAAACACCAAACUUUGGCCAUAUAUUUUGCUCCCUCAAAAUACAACCCAUCAAAACAUCAGAGGAAAUUCACUGUGAAAAGUAUUAAAUCAUGUUGGUAAUAUAUAUAUAUAUACUUGUUAAUUUUUAUUAUGUCUUUCGAAAGCCCCAAUGGAGGGAGAGACAAAUCACAGGUCACAUGAUGCUGUCUGUCCUUGUCACAUUUACUUUCACUUCUUACAGGUCAGGCAGUGAAAUGCUCUGUGACUUUAUCAUUUCUUUUUUUUCUUCUUUUUUGGAAUGAGUGGACUCAGAGGGUCCCUCAUGUGGCCCCUGCUAUAAAUCUUAGGCAGGGUAUAGUUACUUUGUGUUUAAUAGUAAUGCUGCAUUUGUAUCAGCAUGCCAAAUAACACAACAUUUCAAAGCUUUGCUAAAUGGGGCAUUUGUUCUGCCCAGACAAUAAGCAAGAGGUCUUCACUCUUUUUUGUCUCUGCUGUAGGUACUCCUUUUACUGUAUUUACAGUUAAGAUAACUGAAUGUUUGAAAAUGUGAUUUUACAGCAAAGAUAGAAAUUCACUGCACGUUGCCUUUAGAAAUGCUUAUUGUUUUUAAAAUGAGUAGCAUGCUGGGCUUGAUUCAGAGAAGGGCUAAAGAAGGAUCUGUCACUUGUUUGCUUGUGGCUCAGACUGCUAAUGCUGUUGUGAGCACUGGAAGACUUUACCUUUAUAUGCAGUAUGUUUGUCAUCUUGUAGAGUCUAUACUUUCCUGGAGAGGAGUUUCAGAGAUGCCAAUGAAUGUAUGUUCCUGGGCAUUGAUCCCUAGGCAGCCCAGUUCCUUUUAAUUUUUUCUAAAAAUUUGCACAAGAGCACAACUUAUUUUGGUAAUGCCUUCAUUAAAGUGUUAUUCAUACGUGUUCAGAAUUGCAGAGCAUAUUCCUCAGUCAAGUCCUGGGGUCCUCCUGUGGCUGCUGGUUUAAAGUCCAAUUAGAUUCUUAAUCAGACAUUGGCCUUGUACUAUAGCUUGUUUCAUCACUCAUUCAGCUUCAACCAAUCAGCUUUGACGUUAUCCUCUAACAUCAUACAACAGGAACCGUAUAGCCAAGUCGUUGAACUAUUUUUUAAAAAUCUGCUUCUCUUAAAAUUUAAAUUUUAACAGUUUUUUGUCCUCUGAGUUCAAAGGUGUUUGCAAACAGCAAAGGAAAUUUCUUUUUUCAAAUGGGGAUUUUGGGUACCUUUCUGUGCAACUCUCUAUCAAUCUAGUUUCCAUCCAUUUUCUAACUCGCUGACUCCGAACACAGGGGUCUGCUGGAGCCAAUCCCAGCCAACACAGGGCAC